CGCCAGAUGGCAGUGUAGUGUUGCAGCUGGCAAUGCAGUCUUAAAUCUAAAGUAGGUGAAGAAGUGACCUCGUGGUAAACAUUGCUUUAAAUACAACGUUUGUUGAAUGUGGCGGCAUAAAUACUGAUAAAAGUCAGUCGCGUUUCAUAAUGGACCCAGAAAAGAUUAGGAAGAAGAAAAGGAAAAGAGAAACUUUAGGCCAGCAAGAAUUGGUUGAAAGUUUGGAAGAAGUAGAAGUAGCGCAGAAUGAGUCUGAAAUGCAACACGAAAUGCUAAAAACUAAGAAGAAGAAAAAGAAGAACAAGGAAAUAGACACACACACAGAGAAAAAGAAGAAAAAGAAAAAAUUAAAAGAAACUGUGUUCAAUGAAAGCACUGAGGAGACUUCACUGAUGGACGAUACAGUAAAUGACACAGACUCAUCCACAGCACAAAUAAAAGAUGUGAAGAAGAAGAAGAAGAAAAAGAAAGCAAAGAUGACACCUUCAGAUAUGGCAGAAGACCAUCAUGAAGAAGAUGAGUAUGAUGUCCCCACCGAACAGGAGAAUGUGCCAUGUGAAGAAGAGGAGUAUGAUGUCCCCACCGAACAGGAGAAUGUGCCAUGUGAAGAAGAGGAGUAUGAUGUCCCCACCGAACAGGAGAAUGUGCCAUGUGAAGAAGACCUUGGGGAUCCUGACAUACAGAUUGGUACUCGAAAGCGCAAAAAAAGGGGAGAAACGAAUGGAGACCUAAUGUCAGAAGUUGAUGAGAAACUUUUGAAUGAGAUUAAAGAAUUUAUACCCCACAUCGAAACCAGCUAUCCACUUACUAUGAAUAAAAUGAUAAUGUACGACUUACCAAGGUUUAAGGAGUUUAAAAAGCAAGGUAUCGCCCUGAGACACGGACGAUUCUCGGCUGAAGAUAACGAGAGGCUACAACAGAACGUUAAGGAUUUUCUUGCUCUCACAGGAGUGGAGAAUCCUACCAAGCUCUUUUACACACGACGGUUUCCAGAAGAGGCACAGGAAUUAACAAAGAUAAAAAAGAACCAUAGGUUCUUUGAAAGGAUUGCGGAAGGGAUUCCCAGGUCCUGCUAUGACGUUUAUUUUCGUGGAAGAAGAGCUUUUGAUGGUGGAAAUUACAAAGGAAGGUUUACCAAAGAAGAAGUCAAAGAAUUGCUCAAAUAUCAGACAAUACAUGGAAAUAAUUGGCAGAAGAUUUCUGAACUGACCGGUCGGAGUUCUUACGCCCUUGAGAAACGUUUUUCCCAAAUGGGUAAAAAGCAUGGACAAUGGUCAGAUAAGGAGGUACAGAGACUUUUGAGGGCUGUACGAGAUCAUCUUGUAACCACACUAAAGUCUGAGUCCCCUCGUAAGAGACCACCAACCCGAGUCAGUCGAGAAAUGCUCUACAGGAAACUGCCCUGGUUUAAAAUAGCUGACAAGGUUAAAACUCGAUGCUGGAGCAAGUGCAGGGAUAAAUGGAUGUCCAUCCUCGCUGUUCGGAUGUCUUCCGGGACUGUGUACAGGGGGAGAAAAUCCCAGGAUACCAAAAUCAGACUCAUUAAAGCAAUGUACGAAAGGCAAGUAGAAGAUGUUGCUGAUGUCAACUGGGAAGAACUCACAACUGUUUUUGGGGAUGUUCCUCCAGCGCAUGUCCAGUUGAAGUGGCACCAGCUCAAAGUUUCCUAUGUACCAAAUUGGCAGAACAAGUGUUUUGCAGACAUUAUUGACUUUCUGUAUGAGAAGAUCUUGCCGGGUCUGGAGAAAGACUGUGAGAAUCCUGAUGAGCAUGAGCUAAAAGUUGACCAGCAGCAGAGUUUCCUUCUCUCUGACAUCUUUCAGGACAUUAAGGACAACGAUGAUGAUGAUGAUGAUGACAAUGGAGAGAAGGAAAUUGGACAAAGCUAUAUAGAGGGUCACCUAGAUAUUGGCAGUAAAACUCACACUAUAUAUUCCUUGACUGUAUAGAAAAUGGAUGCUUAAUGUGUAUAGAAUGUAAAAAAAUUUGUUUAAUGCAUUUUUUAACAUUUUAAUAAACAGAUGUAAUGAAUGUAACAGUCUUAUGAGCAAGUACAUAAGGUUGUAUUAAUAAAAAUGGUCUGUAAAUGA